UAUCUCUUCUUCUCGCCUCUUCCUGCUCCGGCACAAAGCUCUACCUUACAAAUAGGUGAGCACACCUUCCGCAAGCAUCAAUCGCAAUCCAGAACCUGGAGGCGACGCCAUGGACCCCAAGAACAUUCUUGAGUUGGGACCGGCGGCACCGGAGCUCCAGUUACGAGCCGCGCUCGAAAUUAGGGAGUCCGAAGAUACGAGGCAGACCGCCCUCAAUGAGCUGAAGGCGCUUAUCCAAAAGGAUGGCACCCUAGAUUGCAGCACUGAUGACGAUUACCUCCUCAGAUUUCUGAGACCUACCAAAUUCUACCCUGAAAGCGCACUGAAAAUGAUUAAGGACUAUUUUGGCCACAUUAAAAAGCACGCAGAGCUGUACAAGAACAUGGGCCCAUCGCAGCAGGCACCGAUUUUUGAUAACAACUUGAUCUCUGUUUCGCCUCUCAGAGAUCAGUUUGGUCGCAGAGUCACUGUCCUGAAAAUCGGUGCAUGGAGCAGCAAAUUCGGAAGUCUGGAUGACAUCUACAGAGCGACGGUGCAGUGCGCCGAGAUGGGCGCCUGCGAACCCGCGACUCAGAUGAUGGGCGGCGUGGCCGUGCUGGACAUGAAGGGCACCUCGCUGAGGCACGUCACCAGCCUCACUCCCAACUUCGCCAAAAAGGUUGUCGACCUGAUCCAAGGGAAUUUCCCCCUGAGGUUUAAGGCCUUCCACAUCGUGAACCAGCCCAGGCUUUUCGACCUCAUCUACGCCUGCUUCAAGCCCCUCCUCAACGACAAACUCAAGUCCAGAGUUUUCCUGCACGGCACCGACAUGCAGUCUCUUCACAACCACGUGACGCCUGCGUGCCUGACAAAAGAGUAUAAAGGCCAGCUUAACAACUUUGAUCAAGAAGGGCUCAUCGACCUGCUGCACGACAACGAGCAUGUGUUUAAAGGUAUUUAUUAUUCCGCAAUCGCCGGCACCAAUCAACGCCUAAUCGAUUGUUCUAUCCCACAAACACACUACGUGAGACUUUUGUGUGCGUGAACAAUUUUUUCAAAUUUUGUUUUUGCAGUGGUAAGAAACUAUGCCUUCGAGCAGCAGAGUUGACGAGUGCCUGUGAACAAAGGAGAAUAAAUUGAAUUAGUCAGCUGCGCGUAAAUUGCUGUGGCCAUUCCAUGAUCUGAUUUUGUAAAAAA